CUCCGUUAAAUUUGGAACAGCAUCCCUCUGUGCCACUUUUCAAAUUUGCGCGUUUUCGGCUAACGGACUAUACUGCGCGAAAAGUUUUAAAAUACCAACUUUAGUUCAAAAAUUAUCUGGAUUUAGUUUAUUAUGGAAAAAGUACAACAAAACUUUCUUGUAUGAUGCAUAAUUUAAUGAUGUUUGAUGGAUUUUUGAUUUUAGCUUUUUUAGUAUUUGGUUUAAAUUUUUGCCAAGCAGACGACAAUGAAUCAAGGUUAAUGAAAAAUCUAAUGGAAAACUACGACGCGGGCGUUAGACCCGCUCAAAAUUCUUCAUUACCUUUAACUGUCAUAUAUGGAGUUUCGUUACAUCACAUCAUUGAUGUUGAUGAAAAAAAUCAAAUCCUCACCACGAAUUGUUGGAUAACUCAAGUCUGGAUUGAUCACCACUUAAAAUGGAAUUCCUCAGAGUAUGCUGGAAUAAAGGUGAUCAGAAUACCUUAUCAUCGAGUGUGGAGACCCGAUGUUAUUCUUUACAAUAAUGCUGACCCCCAGUAUAUAUCAUCAGUCAUCAACACAAACGUCAUAGUCUCCAGCAACGGGGAAGUAGUUUGGCUCUCUCAUGGUAUCUACAGAUCUUCCUGCGAUAUCAACGUCGAAUAUUUCCCUUUCGACGUACAAAGCUGUCAUAUGAAAUGGAGUUCGUGGACCUAUGAUGGAUAUCAGAUUGAUAUCGUCAAACAAACCGAGGAAGGUGACGUCAGUAACUACCAGGCCAAUGGCGAGUUUGAUUUAGUUAGUUUUUCAUCUGUGAAGCACAUAGAGUAUUAUUCCUGCUGCUCUGAGCCCUACCCGGACAUAACUUACAUAAUAAAAAUACGACGUAGGCCUCUAUUUUACGUUUUCAACUUGAUAUUGCCUUGUAUACUGAUCAAUGGUAUCGCUCUUCUAGUAUUUUACGUCCCUUCUGAAUCUGGUGAAAAGGUAACUCUAGGAAUCAGUGCCUUGUUGUCGAUGACAGUGUUUCUGAUGACUAUUCGAGAAACUCUUCCGCCGACUGAGAAAACACCUUUAAUCAGUAUGUACUACGGUGCUAGUAUUUGCCUAGUAUCCUUCGCCUCUGGCCUUUCCGUAGUCACCCUCAACAUCUACCACAGAGGAGUGAGAGGUCAAGCAGUACCAAACAUGAUAAAAAGCAUCGUACUCAAACGAAUAGCACCGUUGGUUUUUAUCAAAUUCGAUAAUAAGCCCAGAGAGACUAGGAUACAAGAAAUUAAUCCUAGAACUGGAACAAGGCUAGAUGCUCAGUGGCCGUGGUCUGAGCUUGCACCACAAGAAGAUGGUUGCGGUUUACAACAGAGGGCGCAUCAAAGAUCUCCCAGAUUUGCUACCAAAACUAGAGGUGACGAUUUAGACUUAUUUGAAAAACAAAUAAUCAAAGUUCUGAACCGAAUUCAACAAAACAUUGAAAAAAACGAAAUUCGUGUUUCUGAUCAAGAAAGGAAAGAAUUGACUGAAUUGGAAUGGAAACAAACGUCGAUAGUGUUGGAUAGACUUUUGCUUGGAGCGUUCUUCUUCAUUACAAUUAUAACGUCGACUACAAUUUUGUGUCGAAGCCCUCAGGAUACGGGCUAACUAAAAUAAAUCACAGUGUUAAAUAUGCCUUUCUGGUAUACUCCAUUAAUCCUAGUGAACAGUCGGUGCGAAAAAUUAUAUGAACUGUGAGAGUUGGUAAAUGUUAUAAGUUAUAAGAGUUGUCAAUGUUAAAAUAAACCAGAAUAAACUUUUUUACAUAAAUUAGCAGAUUAUUAAAAUAAAAAAACUUUUAGGCUAGAACCACCGAUCUCUAAUAUCUUUCACCUAUUUUGGUUUUGGUUCAAUUCCGCGUCAAGAUAAAUAGGAGCUGAUUGGUUGAGUCCUCCUAUAGGGUUGGACUACCUAUAUUCCUACAAAUCUGUUCUGCUCUUUAUUUGUUAAUUCAUAAAAAAAGAAAAAUCAAAAUUUUAUAACAAAAAAUUCCAUAAGCAAGUGACACUGGCAAAGAUGUUUAUAUUGAGUAGGUAGGUACUAAAAAGAUUUAUUAAGAAGUUUAGUUCUUUUUGCCUAAAUCGUUCUAUUCAGUUUUUCAUCCGGGACGGUUCCUCAAAAGUCACAUUCAAGGACUUUUUUGUUAUCGCUGACAUUUUUCGAGGUAAAAUUUAGGAAAAUUCGAUUUUUUAAUAUUUGAAAAACAGUAGCUUUGUUCCAUUCGUCUCCAAAUGUUUACUUAACUAACUUCAUUUGUAGAGAUCAGUGUCUAGGACAUAUCAAAAAAUUUGUUGUGACAAAAAAAAAAAAUUCAAUUUCAAUACUUAAUAUAGUUUUCUUGCAAUUAGUUAAGUGUAUGUAUAUUUGAAAAAUGAGUUUUGGUAUUACAAAAUACUAAAAAGUAAAAUGUGUAUAUUUCAAAUAAG